GAUGUAUUGCAACGCCAUCUGUUCAAACGAUUAAACUACGUUUGCUCCAUCAUCAGUCCACUAUUGGUUAGUUAGAAACAGCAGAGUUUACAUUCGGUUAUGUUUCUGAGAUAACCUGUGGAAUAAAGUGAAUAAUGAAUAACAGAUAACGUCAGUGGACAACAAACGAACAUAUUUAUCAGCUGCUGAUCCAAAUUUUAAACACACUCUUCUAUAACUAAGUAUAUAUAUAUAUACAAAAAACAUGAGUUUCGCAUUUGAUGCUUCUAAAUCGCAAGUAGCCACCACAACAACUGCUAAUGCCCCAACUACAAGUUUUACAUUUGGUUCUUUAGGUGCCGGAGAUGCUGGAAAACCGAUAGGUUUUUCAUUGACACAAACUCCUGCACAAAAUAAACCUGGGGCUGCACCCGUGUUUGGUACUGGAGCAAGCGCUACUCCUGCUCAGGGUACUGGAUUUAGUUUUGGGACACCUGCAGCAGCUCCUACAGUUGCUCCUAUUAAUACAUCAGUACCACAAACACCUAUAUUAGCAUUUGGUACAGGUACAGUUGCAAGUACUGGCAUAACUCCUACUGCAACUAGUACUGCAUCACCUAAGCUUUUUUGUGGGCCAACAACAAUUGGAAGUACUCCAAGUUUCACUUUAGGAGGCACUACUACUGUUACUACAACCGCAACACCUGUAUCUGGUUUUGGAGCUAAACCACUUACAGGUGGAUUAUCAUUGAGUGGUGGUCAACCUACUUCAUCUGUUCCAACAACUGGUCUAACAUUUGGUACACCAAAUACAAAGGCAACAGGCACUGGUUUUGCUGUUGGUACAACUGCAGCAGGUUUUCCUACAAACGUAAAAACUGGUUCUACUGCCACAGGAUUCACUUUUGGCACAGGAACAACUGCAGUAAGCACAACUGGAUUUGCUUUAAAUAAAACUUCUGCUGCUCCAAGUCUUACAACCCCUAGUACUCAGCUAUCAUUAGGCACAACAACCACUGUCACUUCAUCUGCAAAUGCAAACCAUCCUGCUUCUAUAAAUUCAUUUGAGGAAUCUAUCAACAAAUGGACUUUAGAAUUAGAAGAACAAGAGAAAGUAUUCGUUAAUCAAGCUGCACAAGUUAAUGCUUGGGACAAAUUGCUAAUAACUAAUGGAGAAAAAAUAGUAGCACUUAAUGAAGAAGUUGAACGAGUAAAAAUUGAACAGCAACAAUUAGAACAAGAAUUGGAUUAUGUUGUUGGUCAACAAAAGGAGUUGCAAGACUGUUUAGUGCCACUAGAAAAAGAAUUAGCAUCACUUUCGGUUUCGGAUCCAGAAAGAGAGUACACGUAUCGUUUAGCGGAAGAUCUCGAUACUCAACUAAAACGAAUGUCAGAAGAUUUGAAAGAAAUUAUCGAACAUUUAAAUCAAGCUAAUCGUACCCAAGAUUCUAGCGAUCCGAUUGUCCAGAUUGGUAAAAUACUCAACGCGCACACGAAUAGUUUGCAGUGGUUAGAUCAACAGACAUCCCUGCUUAACCAUAAAAUACAACAGAUUGAUCAGAUGCAUCAAAACUUCAGACAAGAAAAUGAACGAAAUUUUAAUUUAGCAUAUAAUUAAUUUGAAUUGCCACAUAUUUGUUUAAUAUGAAGUUUGUACACAUCUUUGCGAAAACACAGUUUAUGCCAGUUAUUUCUAAGUAUUACGAAAAAGUAAAUAAAACACGGGAAGGCAGUCCAUUUAAAAAAAUAACAUAUUUACAUUGUAUCUGGACAUCAUUACAAACAUUCAUAAGUUGUAAAAUGAUGACUCAGGUAGUCAUCGAAGGAAUGAAAUAAUGUAUUUUUAAAUAAUCUGAUAAAUGUAGAUACAAGUUCACAAUUCUAUCUUCAAGUAUAUUACAUUUGACACCGUCAGGAUGUACGACAUCCCAGGCCAAAAACAUAAAAAACUUUUUAACAUCAAUAGUUGCAGAUAUUUUGUCAUCAUGACUUUUCUGACUGCAACUCCACACCUGGAGAUUCUGGAAAUGAGUAGAAACUGUCGCGCUGUCCGUGUCAACUUUUAACACAAACAUACCAGACUUGUCGGCACUUAUUGUUAAUCGUGGACUCAUGUUUUUCAUUCUCUCUACGAUACUCCUUACAUGUCUAAGUUGUGGCAUAUCAACCGAUAUCUAAAAGUUAUAAAGAUGCAAAUUAUUCAGCAAUCGAACAUAGAAAAUAUGUAAAUAUUUACAUCAAAUUCCGGUAUAUUUGGUGCUUGGUGCUCCUGCCAUUCUCGACGCGGAAUAACUCUCACUGGAACAUCGUGUAAACAUUGUCUUGAUUCAAUACUUAAUGAUGGAAGUUCGAUUUCCAGUGAGAGGCAAGGUUGACGUUUAUUUGUUAGUUUAAUUUUUACACUCUUUGCAGUCAUUCGUAAAGAACUCAGCGAUCUGGCCAGCAUAGUUGCAUCAAAUUCUAAAUAAAUUUCGUUUUGUUCCUCGGUGACACCGUUCAUAAGAUACUCGGUAAAAAAAUGAUCUUGACUUAAUUCUGCCCAAACCAUUGAUACACGAUCGUCACUGACGCUAAAGCAUAACUCAUUCGGUGUUAAUCUUAAUAUACAUUGUUUUGUUAACCGGGAAAGAACAUUAACAAUAUCUAAAACAGAAAUAAUUUGUUUUAUACACCAAAAGUAAAAUAAAUGUUCUUUAAAUAAUCAA